UCACUGGAGAUAACUAAUCAAGCUUGGAGAGUGGAAAUAAAUGAAGACGAUAGAGCUACUACAAUGCAAGGUAGAGGAAAAGAAGAGACAGAUGAUCGAAUGGUGGCAGCAUCGAGAUAAGCCAUUUAUAUAAUACAAUGGCUUGCCAGUUCGUCUGUCUCGUCUGAUCAGCUGCUUCCAUCCAUUCAACUAAAUAGAUUUCUUUCCUCCCUCUCCUAUCAUGGCUUCUUCUCGUGUUUGGCUCAUCACCGGUGCAACUUCCGGGUUCUUGAGAAACAUGCGGCCGGCUGCGGCCAGCGAGUGAUUGCUGCUUCCCGCAACCCCGAGAAGUUGAGGCUUGAUGAUGGUGCCGGGCUACUAAGCUCGAUCCUAACCAGACCCUCGAGGAAAUCAAGGCGGCCAUGAAAGACAUCGUCACGAUAUACGACUCUAUAGACAUAGUGGUUAACAACGCUGGUUAUGUUCAGACAGGAAUCCUUGAAGAGGUUACCCCCGAAGCCACUUUCCGCCAAUUUCAAGUCAAUACCUUCGGCCCUCUAAAUGGAUACUGUGCGGUGCUCCCGUAUCUAUGUGAAAGAAAUCCGGCACCCUGGUUACUAUCGGCUCGAUGGCGACCUCGCAUCCUGUGGUCAGCUGCAACCUAUAUAAUAUAAUGCUUCCAAAGCCGCGCUGGCUGGCGAUUGGCCUUGCCGAUGAAGUUGCCUCCUUUGGCAUCCGCCACUGUCUCAACUGAUGAACCCCAAUGCAAAAAUCACAUCAACUGGUUCUACUGAAUGGAUUCCUGACUACACUGAAAUCAAUGCACCGGCUGAUAGCAGCUUUGCUAAGUUCCAUGCCGCAGAGUUGGGUAACCCUGUUGGGGGUGUGGAGGUUAUCUAUGAUGUUGUUACUUCCUCGGGACAUGCUGCUGGGAGAGAUCUACUCGCCUUGGGCAGUGAUGCUAUGGCUGAAAUUUCAAAGCCUGCUUCUCAGACUCUCGCCGAUCUCAAGGCGUGGCAGGAGAUUAGUGUGAUAAGCGAUUUCCCUGAUGGGCAGUAAAUAUUUAGUUGGGUUAUGACUGCUAUGUAGAAGACUUUAGAGUCUUUUCUUUUUGAGGCAUGUGGGGGGAUGUCAAUAACAGCAACUAUUUCCCAGGGGUGUAAACCUGAAAGUUGGGAACGCGGUAUAUGCACGCUGACGAGAGAACCUAGCAAAGUACUGUACAUUUACAAUAUAUUGUUAGUUAUUCCUAUAUUCCUCGUGAGCUCUGGUAUCUUAAGGCAGAGAGUAAGUAAAUACUGCAAUAAAAACAGCGCUCUAUAUAUGGAGUAAACUCUCUAUGCUUCAGUUCCCUCGGUGCAUCCAUAU